AUGGGCAAUGUUGGCGGCAGCCAGUCGAUCGGGAAGUCUUCGAGCAGGCCCUCGAAGCGUGAGUCCAUGACCGACUUGGAGAAAGUAGAGAAGAAGUCUGGGAAGAUCGCAGUCUCUGGCCGAUACCACAGGUACCCCAAGGUCAUGUCACAAGAUUACGAAGUCGUGGACAAGACGCUGGGCUCGGGCAUGAACGGAGAAGUGAAAAUGGCAGUGAGCAAGCAAAGCCCUUCUGGCCAGAAGUACGCCAUGAAGGCGUUCAAAUUUUCAAACAUAGCCGCCGAUAAAAAGAAAUUGCUGGAGUCGGAGGUGGAGGUCUUCCUGUGCAUGGACCACCCCCACGUUACUCGGCUCUAUGAUGUGUAUGAGGAGAGCGGGUUCUUGUACCUCAUCAUGGAGUGCAUGGAAGGUGGCGAGCUGUUCGACCGCGUAAUCGAACUGAAGACGUUCAAGGAAAAGGAUGGGUCGGUGGCGGAUUUCUUAUACGAUAGGAAGGGCAGCGACCAUAUCAAGCUGAUCGAUUUCGGAUUCAGCAAGAUGUGGGAUCCCAACGUCAAGAUGCAGGCGAGCUGCGGGACCCUGGCAUACGUGGCCCCUGAGGUACUGGAGAAGAGCUACACGAGCAAGUGCGAUCUCUGGAGCCUUGGAGUAAUCACUUUUAUACUGCUAGCUGGAUACAUGCCCUUCUCGGGCUCGGAUGCGCAGCAGACUCGGAAUAUCACCGCCGGCAAAUUCACCAUGAAGCCCGAGCGGUGGGACAAGGUCUCCGCCGAGGGCAGGGAGUUCACCCUGGGCCUCAUGCAGAAAGAUCCGGCGAAGCGACUAUCCUCGAGGAACAGGUGCCUUAGCACACAGAUGGGUCAAGAAUAG